CAACGAGCAAACAGCGAACGACCAUCGCAGGCUGAGAGACGGACAUUUUCUGUCAACUACUUUGGUGCGUCCUUCACUAACGAGCCUUGACUAUCGGCCAACGGGCAGCCAUCUAAAAGACGUGGAAAAGAGACUAAAAAUACAACCAGUGAACUGACAGUGUGGCGGCUGCUAGCUAAACGGGAAGAGACGACCGUUUGUCGAACAUGGCGCGCAUGCAAGAGGUGGAAAUAACGUUGACUGGUGGUGGACCAUGGGGUUUUCGUCUGCAAGGUGGACGAGGAACUGGACAACCGCUAUCUGUUAGUAAGACGCGUCGUAAAAGCAAAGCCCAUAAUGUACUGCUGGAAGGGGAUAUCCUGGUAGAUCUAAACGGUCGACAGUGCAACAUCAUGAGUCACGAAGACGCUAUGGGACUCAUCGAGGACGCCUGUACCGAGAUAAGGCUCAUUGUUCUGCGAGUUAUGUCCGAGGAGGACAAGGAAAACCACACUGAACCGGAACCGGUGAAAACGAGUCUUCCGUUCAAGGAUUACAGCACGGGACAGAGCUUCCAACCGAAGAAAUACACAGCCCCUGUCCUUCCAGAAAUCAAAGUACCGUCUGCCACACUCCGUGAGGUACAGAACACGGUGGAAAACGACCCUGAAACAGGAGCGACAAAGGAAGUUCAAACUACAAUGGAGAAGAAGUCCGAGGUUACACCCUCUUCGGAGUACAAAAGUGUGACAGAGACCAAGAAGGUAACGUCCAGUUUGCCAUCUGGCGGUGCCACGUACAUCGCCACGUUCAGCAAUACGACAGCAACCAGGUUCUCAAAGUCCGCUUCGCCCAAGCCCAAGCUCAAGCUCAACACCAGCAUCCCCUCUCCGGUCAUGAAGUAUGGGUUCCCUCCAACCACCGACACUUUGGACACCGUCUCCAGCGUGCCGCAACCACCUACAUCGACAGGGGAAACGAAGACGACCGGACUGACAAAUGGAGCACUGGUGAGCCCUACUGGCUUGCUGCUCCUACCAAAGUUCUAUGAACCGGCUGACGACACUGGCAUGGACUUAGACGCCGCCAAAUACAAGAAAAAGAUGUUCUCUUCUUCGAGUUUCUACGAGGAACCAAACUGCAUCUACCCUACAGUGGAGGAACAGGUAGAAAUGGCCCGAAAGAUUGCCGGUUCACUAUCGGCGGACACCAACAAGAAGUCCCGCGGAGCCAACAUGUUCUUCAAGCGAGUCAAGCGUUCUCACAAAUGGGUACACGAAGCACCGGAAUUCUCAGACUCGGAAACGACAGAUACUUGCAGAGAAGGCGCGGCCACUCCAGACCCAGCCACCGUACCGUACACAAUCAGCACGGGCCCCCCGAAGCUGAAACUCAUUCUGGACCCGAGGCAUCUUGAGGACGCAUCCACACUGCGCUCGGCAGGCGUGAACAUCGUGGAACACGGUGCCAUGAGUCCCGAGGUGUGCUUGGACCUCGUCAAGGACCUCAACUCUCCUCGAGGUAAAGGGGCCGCACUUUUCGCGAAGCGGAAGAAGAAGUCCGAGGAAUGGGUGGUAGACGUAGACAAAGUAAAGGCACAGUUGGGUGACCGGUGGCCAGAAUCGCGUCAACCGCUGCCUCCCAUCAAGGCACCGCUCAAGACACCCGUCGCAAGAUUCAAGGAGUCACUCAACCCUAGGCUUAAGUUGGUGAAGAGCCCCUGGGAAGCCGCCCUUGAGUCUCCCAUCGGAAGCUGCGAUUCAGCUUUCGCUAUGGUGCGGCCCGAGGAGGUUGUGGAUUCUGUGAUUCGUGCGGCGGAUGCUAAAGUCUCCAGCGACUCUUAUCAGGACCCGCUGCUGCUAUCUCCAUGCCCGGAGUCAGAGUGGACAGCUCCAUCUCCAACGCCAUCCAGCAUAAGUUACAACCCAAAGGACCCAUGUCUGGCCAGGGCGCCCAGGGGAUGGCGAGGAACGACGUCAUAUUCAAGUUCCGAGCCCUACGAGGUCGCUCAAGAACGGCCAGCCAGCUCACUUGGGACAACGUCGCCGUUCGAACCCUUCAAUCCAGCCGCUAAGCUCGCUACCGGAGAACAGACGACCCAGCCCUCCCCUCUCAGCCUAUCACAGUUCCAAAACUUCAACACCCUUCCACGAUCCUGGGCCCCGUCUUGUGGUGGAUCAGCCUCUGGAUUCAAGCGCGUCAAGCCACCUUCAUUUCUUGUACAGUGAGCGAAACGGCAAAGAGAAAAGAUGUUCACACCUCUCCAUGACGGUGUCAAAAAACUUGACUACACUUUCUAAAGCAAAGUUAAAAAGGCGGUUUUGAGCCACUAUGCAAAAUAUUUAUUUCCAUUAAUUUAGUUUUGCAGCUUUUGCUACUCUGUGACUACGUAAAGUAUGAACAUUAUGUUUCCACAUCCACGUGGCUUCUGCCAAUGUGCGGUAAAUGAUGCGAAACCCAGCAUUAUCCACCCCAUCACCAUCAGGCUCUACGGGAUGAAAUUUUACAUCCCAUUAAUGGCUUCUCGCGAUUCACCUGCCUGCGUCUUUGAAUGUGCUAGAAAAUAAUCUCCCAUUUGCGGCUUGCAAAGAGCUCCAUAUUUCUAUAGUUUGACAAUUUUAAGCCAAUUGUUUUUGCCUUCGCAUCACAAACAGCUUCCCGGCAGAAGAGAGACAGGCGCCAUUUUGUCUCUGUCACUCAAGAUGUCAAACAAACUUGACUGUCGAGCUCUUGCAUCAUUCCUAUUGGUUCUGGUAAUCACGUGGAUGCAAACAACAGUGUUUUACAUUUGUACCGCAUAAUGUGGGCCUUCGCAACACCUCCACACACAAUCGCAUGCUCUUCCAGAUAUGGCUUCAUAACUUUAACAAGGACUACAAACAUUGUUUUGAGUGGAUGUUAAAAGCUAGUCAAAUGUCAAGUCGUAGUGCCUCAAACGUGUUCAGGCAUUGUCACGCUGCUAAUUUUACAACCUCCCCACGACUCACUUUCAAUGCGAAGAAACGGUAAUUAAAUGUGCCGUCCAUUUUAUAUAAGACAGCAUAAACACAGGAAAUAUAAGCCUCUCAAGAAGGACGACUGUCGUACGUGUCUUGAGAGUGUGGCUUAUAUUUCUUCAUGCCCCGCCUAUUUUAGCGUACAAAUAUUGCGCAUAAAUCUGAAUCAUCGCACGUGAGUUUUCCAGCUCUUUACUGUAACAUGUUGCGCUGCCUUUUCAAAUGGGUGCUUUCAAUUAUUGCAGUUUGUUUUGUGUUGCACAGAGUGCCUGCUGUAAAUACUACGCGAGUUGUGUGGAAAAAAUAAAGGCGCUUAUAUUAUA